AUGGAAUUUGAUUCAGAUGAGCAUGCAUAUGAUUGUUACAAUGAAUACGCGGCUGCAAUUGGUUUUAGUGUUAGGAAAGAAUAUGCAAACAAAAACAGAGUACACGGGUAUGUGACUUCAAGAAAAUUAACAUGUUAUAAAGAAGGUUACAGAGGUAAAGACAAACGAGAUCCUACUGUUCAAAAACAUAGAAAGGAAACUAGAACCGGUUGCUUGGCUCAUGUUAUUGUAAGUCGUCAAUCAAAUGGGAGGUUUCGCAUCACUUCAUUCGAAGAGAAACAUAACCAUCAUCUUGUUCCUCCAUCUUUAGUUCAUCUGUUGCCAUCACAAAGAAAGAUAAAAAUGGCUCAAGCAUAUGAAAUUGACUUAUUAGACGAUUUGGGGAUACGUCCUAAAGCGUCAUUUGAUUAUGCUGCUCGUCAAGCUGGAGGACAAUCUUUUCUAGGCUACACUAAGAGAGAUCAUAAGAAUUAUCUUCGUGACAAAAGAACAGAUAGUUUGAAACAUGGAGUGGCUCAUGAUGAAGGUUUGAUAACUAAUAUAUUCUGGGCUGAUGGAAAGAUGAUAAGGGAUUUUAAGAUUUAUGGAGAUAUUGUGUCCUUUGAUACAACGUAUAGAACAAAUAAAGAAUACCGACCCUUGGCAUUAUUUGUUGGUUUGAACAAUCAUAGGGAAAUGGUCAUAUUUGGUGCAGCCCUUUUAUACGAAGAAUCCGCUGAAUCUUUUGAGUGGCUUUUUAAUGCAUUCUUUAGGAUUAUGUCUGCAGAGAAACCAAAGACAUUUAUCACAGAUCAAGAUCCCGCAAUAUCUUUUGCUGUCUCAUUAGUAAUGCCACAGACAUAUCAUCGCCUGUGUGUGUGGCACUUGGAAAAGAAUGCAUUCAAGCAUUUAAAUCAUGUCUUUAGAGCUCAUGCAUCAUUUCCAGGAGAUUUUAGCAAAUUGCUUUACCAUUAUGAGUAUGAGGAGGAUUUUUUAUUUGCGUGGCAGGAAAUGCUAGAGAAAUAUGACCUUGGGGAUAAUAGUUGGUUGAAAAAUACAUUUGCUAUAAGGGAGAAAUGUUCCAUGACAUAUGGAAGAAAUACAUUCUCAGCAGGUAUGCGCAGCACACAAUUGAGUGAGAGUUUUAAUGGAUUUUUAAGGGGAUAUUUGAAAUCUGAUCUAGAUAUUGUACAAUUUUUUAAGCAUUUUCAAAGAUCAGUUGAUGAUAAGCGUGCUAAUGAGAAUAAAUCAAAUUUUGAUAUGACUCAAAGAAUAUCUAUUUUAAAGGUUAAAUUUCCUUUAUUGGUUCAUGCUAGGGAAGUAUAUACCCCAACUAUAUUUGAUAUGUUUCAAAAUGAGUGGGAAAGGUCCUUACUUGUUUAUAUAAAAAGCUCCAGUGAUGAAGGAGAAUUGUGUACAUAUAAUGUUAGCACUCAUGGAAGUGUUAAGGAGCACGUAGUAACUGUUAAGAGAACAUUAACUGAAGUUUCUUGCAGCUGCAAACUGUUUGAGUUUAUGGGUAUACUAUGUAGACAUGCCUUAAAGAUCUUGGACAUACUGAAUGUAAAGGAUAUGAUUCCUGAACACUAUAUACUAAAGAGGUAG